UCGUGCAGGAAGAGCUGGAUGGCCUCCUGGAGCAGCAAAGCACCAUAGAGAACAAGAUGGUUGCACUUCAUCGCAUGGGCCCUAAUUUGCAGCUCAUCGAGGGGGAUGCCCAGCAGUUAGCAGGGAUGAUCACCUUCACCUGUAACCUGGCCGAAAACGUCAGCAGUAAGGUCCGCCAGCUUGACCUUGCCAAGAAUCGGCUCUAUCAGGCCAUUCAGAGAGCUGACGACAUCCUUGACCUGAAGUUCUGCAUGGAUGGAGUUCAAACAGCCCUGCGAAAUGAAGAUUACGAACAAGCAGCAGCUCACAUCCAUCGCUACCUGUCUCUGGACAAAUCAGUGAUUGAGCUCAGUCGUCAGGGCAAGGAAGGGGGCAUAAUUGAUGCCAACCUGAAGCUGCUGCAGGAAGCAGAACAGCGCCUGAAGACAAUUGUCACAGAGAAAUUUGACACAGCUAUGAAGCAGGGAGAUUUGCCCCAGGUGGAACGGUUCUUCAAGAUCUUUCCUCUGCUUCGCUUACAUGAGGAGGGGCUGAGCAAGUUCUCGGAGUACCUCUGCAAGCAGGUGGCCAACAAAGCAGAAGAGAACCUGCAGCUGGUGAUGGGGACAGACAUGAGUGACCGCCGAGCUGCUGUCAUCUUUGCGGACACCCUGACACUUCUCUUCGAAGGGAUUGCUCGCAUUGUGGAGACCCACCAACCCAUUGUGGAGACCUACUACGGGCCAGGGAGGCUGUACACCCUCAUCAAGCACCUGCAAGUGGAGUGCGACCGGCAGGUGGAGAAAGUGGUGGACAAGUUCAUCAAAGAGAGGGACUAUCACAGGCAGUUCCAGCAAGUUCAGAAUAGCAUGAUGAGAAGUUCUUCUGCAGAGAAGAUUGAACCAAGGGAACUUGACCCUAUUUUAACAGAAGUCACUCUGAUGAAUGCCCGCAGUGAGCUCUACUUGAGGUUCAUCAAGAGACGAGUAAUAUCUGAUUUUGAGGUGGGAGACUCUAUGGCCUCAGAGGAGGUAAAGCAAGAGCAUCAAAAAUACCUGGACAAGCUCCUCAACAACAGUCUGUUGAGCUGCACCAUGCAAGAGCUCAUUGGCUACUACAUCACCAUGGAGGAAUACUUCAUGAGGGAGACUGUCAACAAGGCUGUUGCCAUGGACAGCUACGAGAAGGGCCAGCUCACCUCCAGCAUGGUGGAUGACGUGUUCUAUAUAGUGAAGAAGUGCAUUGGGCGUGCUCUGUCCAGCUCCAGCAUAGACUGUCUCUGUGCCAUGAUCAACCACUCCACCACUGAGCUGGAGUCUGACUUCAGGGAGGUUCUGUACAACAAGCUGAAGCAGGGCUUUCCAGCCACAACCUUCCAGGACUUCCAGAGAGGGGUGACCAGUGCCGUGAACAUCAUGCACAGCAGCCUGCAGCAGGGCAAGUUCGAUACCAAAGGCAUUGAAAGCACCGACGAGGCCAAGCAGUCCUUUCUGGUGACCUUAAACAACGUGGAAGUCUGCAGCGAAAACAUCAUGACCCUAAAGAAGACUUUGGAGAGUGACUGCAGCAAACUGCUUAGCCAAGGCUUCGGGGGUGAGCAAGCACAGGCCAAGAUUGACAGCUGCCUCUCUGACAUGGCUGCUGUCUCCAACAAAUUUCGUGACUUGCUGCAGGAAGGUCUCAAUGAGCUGAACAGCACAGCCAUCAAACCCCAGGUGAAGCCCUGGAUCAACCUAUUCCUCUCUGUCUCCCACAACAUCGAGGAGGAGGAGUUCAGUGACUAUGAAGCUAACGAUCCCUGGGUCCAGCAGUUCAUCGUCAAUCUGGAACAGCAGAUGACAGAGUUCAAGGCCGGACUUUCUCCAGUGAUUUACGAUACCCUCACUGGUCUUAUGACCAGUCUCAUAGCCAUUGAACUGGAGAAAGUGCUGCUCAAAUCCACCUUCAGCAGGCUUGGCGGUCUGCAGUUUGACAAGGAGCUGAGGUCUCUCAUAGCCUAUCUCACCACGGUCACCACCUGGACUAUCCGUGACAAGUUUGCCCGUCUUUCCCAAAUGGCCACCAUCCUCAAUCUGGAAAGGGUGACAGAGAUCCUGGAUUACUGGGGCCCGAACUCAGGCCCGCUCACCUGGCGCCUUACUCCCGCCGAGGUCCGGCAGGUGCUGGCUCUCCGAAUUGACUUCCGCAGUGAGGAUAUCAAGCGGCUGCGCCUGUAGUUGGUCGGUGCUCGGGUCAGCACCGCGCAGGAGGUAACGGCAGGAAGGCCACAGCUCUGGAGCCUGCCCAGGUCCUGCCGUGGGG